AUGGGAGCCGACCUGCUGGACCACCGUCCUGGUGCUGGGGUCACCUUCCAGGCUUGCUGGGGCUCCUCUUCCUCUUCUCUGAGGCCUGGGUCCAGCCUGCUGCAGCUCCAGGACAGAGGGCCAGCUUCUGCCGCGAUUCCCCCGGCACUGGACUGGAGGCAGUGGGCCACCGAAGUCCAAGGUUGUCCCCAAUGCAGGCCAGCAGCUCAGAAGAAAUCACUGAAGAAAGUUGCAGGUAACACAGUAAACACCCCAGAGUCCUUUCUUUCAAAUGGAAGAGGGGAAGGCAGAGAUAAAAGAAACUCUUCAAACUUCAUCUUCUUUCCUUGUGGCUUGUGGUCUCCUCCUCCUCCUCCUCUGCCCCCCCAGAAAUCUCCUCGCCCUCCAAAGCCUCACUGGCCUCUGCCACCAAAUCCACCUCGGCCACCUCUGCCACCACCUCGGCCUCCGAAGCCGCCUUCACCCUUAGGCUUGGCCCAGUCCGAAGUAACUUUGUUUCCAUCAAUUUCACCAUCUUCCAUGGCCUCCUUGACAGCUUUGGCAUCUUCCUCGCUGUUGAAGUCUACAAAACCAAACCCCUUGGAGGAUCCAGUCUCCUGGUCAGUGACUAUCCUUGCACGAAUCUCUAAUGUCUCUUCUGUAGUAUCCUCAGACAGACCUUUGACAAACAGAGUUUUGGAUGGUUGGCUUCUUGCAUUAGGUGAUCCCCUGGGUCCUUGCCUGAUUGCUCUGCCCUCAAUUUCCCUUUUAUUACAUGAAUUUAAAGCUUCUUUAGCAUCUUCAAAUGAAGCAACUUCUACGGCACAACAGCAGGUCUUUGGAAUUCUCAUGGAUGGAAAGGAUGGACAAAUGGAGUCUCCUUUGCAGUUUGAUGAGCUGGGUUUGCUCACAAGCCCUCUGAACAUAGAGAACUUGCACCUUCCAACUGAGUGGUCUGAGAAGAACCUCGUCAGGGUGUGA